GACCAAAAUAAAAAUAAAAAAAAUAAACUUAUAACACAAAACCACAAGAAAAAAAAAAAAAAUAUCAUCUUUGAUGAAUGAAUGAAUGAAUAUGAUAUGAUUCACUUCUUCUUCUUCAUCAUCAUCAUAACAGUUUCUUCUUCCUCUGUAAUGGUUUACCAUUAAUCAUACAUAUUGUCACACCAAAAGGGCAAGUCUUGUUUUUGGUGUUAAGAGGCUCUUUUUGCAUGCCCCAUUAAAAUCUCCUUCUCUCAUCUUUGGUCAAAUUUCACACGAAACCCAUUUCUCUUUUUCUUUCUCUCCUUCACGUAUUUUCUUUCUCCUUCUUAUAAAGAUUAACAAUCCCAACAGAUUUUCAUUUCUGGGUUUGGUUUGAAAAUGGGUUAUAAUAACGAGAGUAGUAGUAGUGAUCAUCAGAAGAGUAGAAACUCAGAAGCUAAUCAUGUUAUGAUGGAGAUUGAAGCAGGAAAGCCAAGUGGAAAUGGGCUUGUAAUGACGAGUUGUGGAUUGAGUCCACUGAGUGAGAGUCUAUGGAGAGAAACGAGUAGUAAUAGUAAUAGUAAUAAUAAUAAUAAUAGGGAGUUGUUUUUGGGUGAUGUUUCUGCUAGACUCACAUGGAAAGAUCUGACUGUGACCGUAACUUUAAGUAACGGUGAGACACAGAAAGUUCUAGAAAAUCUUACUGGGUAUGCUGAGCCUGGAAGUUUUACAGCUUUAAUGGGUCCUUCUGGUUCAGGCAAAUCUACUCUUCUUGAUUCUCUUUCUAGUCGUUUAGCCACUAAUGCUUUCCUUUCUGGUACUGUUCUUCUCAACGGUCGUAAAAAAAAGCUCUCUUAUGGAACUGCUGCAUAUGUGACUCAAGAUGACAACUUGAUUGGAACACUAACAGUUAGAGAAACAAUCUCUUACUCAGCUCAAUUACGUUUACCAGAUAAGAUGGGAUGGUCAGAAAAGAGAGCUUUAAUAGAGAGUACCAUAGUUGAGAUGGGUCUUCAAGAUUGUGCUGACACUGUAAUUGGAAAUUGGCAUCUUCGUGGGAUUAGUGGUGGUGAGAAGAGAAGGGUCAGCAUUGCUCUUGAAAUCUUGACCAGACCAAGAUUGCUUUUCCUUGAUGAACCCACUAGUGGACUUGAUAGUGCUUCAGCUUUCUUUGUUACACAAACUUUACGUGCCUUAUCAAGAGAUGGUAGAACUGUAAUAGCUUCAAUUCACCAGCCAAGCAGUGAAGUUUUUGAACUAUUUGAUCGAUUGUACUUACUUUCUGGUGGUAAAACUGUUUAUUUUGGUCAAGCUUCUGAUGCAUACGAGUUUUUUGCUCAAGCUGGUUUUCCUUGCCCUGCUUUGAGAAACCCAUCUGAUCAUUUUCUAAGAUGCAUUAAUUCUGAUUUUGACAAAGUAAAAGCCACUUUAAAAGGGUCCAUGAAACUAAGGUUUGAGGCAAGUGAUGAUCCUCUAGAGAAGAUUACUACAGCUGAGGCUAUACGAACACUCAUCGAAAACUAUCGAACUUCUCAAUUUGGCUAUGCAGCUAGAGAAAAAGUAGAAGAGAUAUCCAAAGUUAAAGGAAAUGUUCUAGAAUCAGGAGGAAGUCAAGCUAGUUUCUUGAUGCAAUCCUAUACAUUGACCAAACGUUCAUUCAUCAACAUGUCAAGAGACUUUGGUUAUUACUGGCUUAGACUUGUGAUUUACCUUGUUGUCACAAUUUGUAUUGGAACAAUCUAUUUGAAUGUUGGAACAGGCUACAAUUCAAUCCUGGCAAGGGGUUCUUGUGCAUCAUUUGUUUUUGGCUUUGUUACAUUCAUGUCAAUAGGUGGCUUUCCUUCAUUUGUAGAGGAUAUGAAGGUUUUUCAAAGAGAGAGGCUUAAUGGGCACUAUGGUGUUUGUGCAUUUGUGAUAAGCAACACACUUUCAGCAAUGCCUUUCCUUAUAUUGAUCACAUUUCUGUCUGGAACCAUUUGUUAUUUCAUGGUACAUCUUCACCCUGGUUUCAUGCACUAUCUUUUCUUUGUGCUUUGCCUUUAUGCAAGUGUGACUGUGGUUGAGAGCUUGAUGAUGGCCAUAGCAAGUAUUAUACCAAACUUUCUCAUGGGAAUUAUCAUAGGAGCUGGAAUUCAGGGCAUAUUCAUGCUGGUUUCUGGGUACUUUAGACUCCCCAAUGACAUCCCAAAACCUUUCUGGCGUUAUCCAAUGUCAUAUAUCAGUUUCCACUUCUGGGCUUUACAGGGACAAUACCAAAAUGAUCUUGCAGGGUUGAUGUUUGACAACCAAACCCCAGAUGAGCCGAAGAUUUCGGGCGAAUUUAUCUUGGAAAACAUCUUCCAAAUCGACACGAACAGAUCGAAAUGGGUGGAUUUGAGUGUGUUGUUCAGCAUGAUUGUGAUAUACAGGGUGAUAUUCUUCUUCAUGAUUAAGAUCAAUGAGGAUGUGACUCCUUGGGUUAGAGGUUAUGUAGCAAGAAGAGUAAUGCAACAGAAAAUUGGUAACAGAUCUCCUGAGGGCCUCACUCAAUCCCCUUCAUUGAGAAAUUAUGCCACCAACAAUAGGAAUACAUCUGCAAAUUCUAAAAGAUAAAUGAGACACACACACACCACCAAUUCAAAAUAUCAUCUCUACCCCACUUUUAUACUUUUAAGUUUUCAAAUCUGAAUAGGUUAUUUUGUAUCUAAAUGCUAUGAUAUAGAAUCAAGUGAAAGUGUUUUUUUUUUUUUUUUUUUUUUUACAAUUAAAUUUAUAAUACCAAUUACCUAAUUUCUAUGGAUGGAAUGGAAGGAUGUCCUUAAACUUUCAAAA